CGAGAUGAAAGAAGUAUAUUCGAGUAUUAUAUGGAAGAUCGAUUUAAGACCUUAGAAGUCAGCUUUAAGACAUUUUUUACAAUGAUAUUCUUGACAACCAUCCGAAAAUAUCUGGCAGACAAAUCUAGUAGACGCAAAGAUGUGUUGCUCAUAGAAGAAACCGAGACAGCAGGUACUAAGGCACCAGAAAGAAGAGGAAGAUUGUUGGAAAAACUAAUUUUAUACUUUUUCGUGAGAUGUUGGCUAAUAGUUAUAUCUAUCUUCAUACUAACGUGGUCCGUUUAUAAGAUAGUUCCAAGAAUUUUCAGAAUAGCGAACAUCUUCUUUUAUCUUAGUUGGAUGCUAGUCUUACAGAUUUCCUUCAAAAGAUGGCGCAGAUUCAUGAAAGGAUAUCUAUUCUUUUUGCUUCUAAUGACGUUCCUCAAUAUGAUUAUCAUAUACAUAUACCAAUUUAGAUCACUCAGUCCGUCAUUUAGCCGCUGGUUUGGUGCACCUGCAGGCUUCGAUGCAGACUAUGGAGCUGUAAUAAAAAGCGCUUAUGCCUACAGGAAUAGGCUAUAUGGCUCCAUGGUUUUCAUAGUGCUGAUUUUGGUGCAACUGAAAUUCUUCCACAACAAGUUUAUGGCUAUCACGGAUGAGAAUGAUGAAACGACUCAUGCAGAGGAAGAAGAGUAUAAAGAAUCGCUCGGCAAGCCUUUCCAGUAUUAUUUGUCCUUGACAAACAUUGUGUUUUCGUUCCUGGAACUGCACAUAGUUCAAAUAAUAAUGUUAUUUCUGCUCCUCGUGUGCUUAUUAAGAGCUUGUGUACUCUACUUCCUGAUUUUGGUGCCACUGUGUUUCAGUAUGGUGGUUACUGCCAGGUCUGUUCGUUUGGUGGUCUUGAACUGGGCUGCAAUAUUAGUGACAAUUUAUGCUAUGGCGAUUCUGUUAUAUCAGCUACCAACUGUCAAAAAUUCAUAUUUUGACGUAACUUGCAACAUGAUAAAGCAUCCGCAUAUUAACCAAACCAGCCGCAAUUGGAUGGAAUGGAUUGGUAUCCGUAAGAAGGACGAAGUGGCUACGAAAAUUAUAAGGCACAUCGGUUGGGAAAUUGCUUUUCUUUUGUUGUCAUCCCUGCGACCCGUGGUCACAGCAAGACAAUACAUAAGCAGGAAACAGCAGGGUCUACCGACUGAAACCCCCAAGGUCAUGUUUCCAAAUGUGACGUAUCGCGAGGCAGACCUUAGUCUCAAAAAUUACAUCAAGUACGCUUUGAAUUAUGGCUUCUAUCGAAUAGGGUAUGAGCUUUGUAUGAUGAUGAUUGUCAUACUGAUUAUUGUUCGUAUGGAUGGACAUGCUCUCGCGUAUUCGAUCUGGCUUUGUCUAUUAUUGAUACUGAAUCGUCGUAUACUUCGCUGGACCUGGAUUUUAUUUGUUAUAUUCAUCGCUUUAUCGAUUAUCUGGCAGUGCAUGAUGAACAUAGGUCCACCACCACAGCUAUGCUUAGAAUACGAAUGGGAGACACGCGGCUACUAUUGGACGAUGUUUCAAGACUUCUGGUACCUAGUGGACAACUAUCAUCCACCACUUAGUUCAAAAAUGGUCCCUGAGGCCAUUCUAUUGAUGCUCGCAUCUAGACAAAUGACAUGCCUUUGGAAGGAGAUUUACAUUACAAAGAACAAUAUUGAUUAUGACGGUGGUUCGAAUGACUCCAUACUCCAUCAUUUUGAAAAGGUUGAAUUUGUGAACCCAGUAGUGGAUUUCGUGACAUACACAACCUCAUAUUUGGAUGUGAUAAAAAACACGUUGUUGACUGUUUCAUUCUGGGCCUGCAUGUUUAUAGUCUUCUUGGGUAGCGUCAAUAGGGCCAACAUAUUCUCAAUGGUUUACUUGUGCUAUGUGUUCAUAUACCUCUGGCAUGGUAGGAAUAUCUAUUACAAACCAAUAUUAGUCAUAGUUAAAGACUGGAAUCGUCUGAUACUCCAAAAUGUAUUGAUCAUUUGUGUUAGGGCUUAUCUUCAAGUGGUUGGCUGCUUCUACUUACCCGAUAUUCCUAUGAAAUACUGUGGGCUGGUCAAACUAUUUGGGGUCGGAUGCCACAGACUUUUUGAAGAGACGAACAACUUCGAAAAGCUGAACGAGGAAAACACCAUUUGUAGACCGAGCAGAGCGGAGAUGGCAGGCAUCGAAUGGGAUGCGGUCAUUUUCGUUUUUCUGAUUAUACAGCGGAGACUUUUCAACAGUUACAAUUUCUUUCAUAUCAUAAAUGACGCCAAAGCUAAGCAUAUACUUUCCGAAAGAGGCGCUCUUUAUUUAAACGAAUUACAUGAAAAAAGGAUGAAAACGAUGAUAGAGGAAGAAAAUAGACUGAAAACAUAUCUAGAAAGGAAGCUAACCAAACAGCUGUAUAAGAAAAAACAGAUCCAAGGCCAAUUCUUUAAAGACUAUGUUACGACACAUAAAAUGGCUGUUCGUUGUGGAGAUUACUACAUGUACGAAGAAACUGAAGAUAUUGUUGAUGAAGUUGCAUUCAAAGAAGCAGAAAUAAAGAGUGGAAGGAAGCAAGAACGUAAUCUAAUAUCCCUGUUCAGCGACAUGUUUGAAGGUAAUAUGCGUUUUGCUGUGGGAAAGUAUUGGGACAGUAAAGACAAGCAAAAAGAGGCAAGUGCUGAAUGCGUCUAUGUCGAUAAUCAGGAAGAACCAUAUGGAUUAACCGCAAAAAUAGAAUACCUAUUCAGAUUUUGUUGGGCAGUUAUAAACGUUUAUAUUGUAAGUGCUACACAUUUCUUCGAGAGGUAUACGAAAACUUAUAACAUGGUGUUUGAUAAGUUGAAUGAUGAAAGUCGUCUGCUCAAGGAGCAUACCUACUACGAUAUUGGAACUAGAAUCGAAAAAUGGUGGAUCCCAAAAGCAUCUUAUGAAGAUCUCAUGGCACAUUAUCAGCGGUCUGUUCCAAGAGAAUCUCCAGCGGAAAUGUCAGCUACAGAUCUGCCAGAUGUUUUGAAGAUGCUGAAAGCUAUGUGGAUCAUCACAGUCGCUCGAUCCGACUUGCUGUGCUACGUUUGUGUCAUAAUGAACCAAGUCAUGCUCUGUCAGUUGAUCACCAUACCUUUGUCCUUCAUGGUUUAUUUAUGGGGAAUGAUGUCUAAUCCCAGGCCUUCGAAGACAUUUUGGAUCAUCAUGAUCGGCUACGUUGAGCUAGUGAUUCUCCUCAAGUGCAUAUUCCAGUUUGAGAUGAUGCCUGGUAAUAACCUGCUCAAUGAAAGGACUGAAUUUGAUCCAAUGGAUACAAUCAAUCCUUUCUUUCCAUCAAAAUUCAUGGGCCUCCGCAAGAUGGACUAUUAUUAUUUUUGGGAAAUGUUGACCUUAAUAGCCGUACUGAUACACAGAAUUUACCUAAGAAAUAUUGGCUUAUGGACGACCGUCACAAUCAGUGUCGAAGCAGGUGCUACUGAUGGAUAUUACGCUAUGGAAGAUAGAACGCUUGUAAGAACUGCAUCGUUAUCAUCGAGAACAAUAAUUAGAGAAAGCAACCUUUACGUAGUAAGAACAAUGACAGCAGCUGUUUUGGAUAACAUACUUGAAUCAAUAAAGAACAUUAUUCUCCAUUAUGCCAUAAGCUUCCGUCAAUUUCAACAAAGACUUCUGCGCCACGUGAAUCAGGAACCACAUGAUUACUAUACCGCAAUGUUCUUCUUCGAUUUCUUAGCAUUGCUGACCGUCGCGUUUGGUGAGGUGGACUUUUUCGAACAAAACUCCAAGGUCACAGUGUGGCAAUAUUUUAGCACAUGUUAUGUUCCAGUGCGGUUCGUUAUGAUAGUAUUUAUGCACUUUCUGGCAAUCCUUGCGGACCGAGCAAUUUACUUGAGGAAGAGCGUUGCUGUGAAACAAGUACUUCAUCUCCUUCAUACCGUGUUGGUGCAUGUGUGGCUGUUUGUAUUGAUCCCACACUACGUCAACGGAAGGGUGGUGAUUGAGAAAGUAUCACUGACAGCGUACUAUAUCUUCCGCUGCAUCUACUUGCUGAUCUCAGCCCAACAGAUCCGCGUAGGGUAUCCGAGCCGUAUUUGGGGCUUCUACUGCUGCAAUGGAUUCGGAAUUUGGAACUACAUCAACAUCCGUGCGUAUCUGCUCAUACCGUUCUUGAUUGAGCUACGUAGCAGUUUCGACUGGUUUUGGACCGAUACCACUCUGUCUGUGUUUGACUGGUUCAAAAUGGAGGAGAUAUACACCAGUGUCUACAAGGUCAAGUGCUUACGUAGGAUAGAGCAAGACUACAGUUCCCCGCCUGGACUCCAGAAGAAGGCUAUUUACAAGUACCUUUAUGGCGUUACUUUAUCUCUUUCCAUCGUAGGCUUGAUUUGGUUCCCAAUCUUGGUCUUUUCAUGGGGAAGAAGCGCUGGGCCGUCCAAGCCUCCAGAGCUAUCGGUACUAGAGUAUCAGAUUGACGAUGCUGUACCUAUUUAUCGUACCAACGCAUUGAUACAUAAGCUGAACUAUGCAGAUUUCGAGAGCUUCAAGCAGGUGUAUAAUGCAUAUGACGUAUCUAAGGAGUUCCUGUAUAAAUAUGAGCAUACUGAUGUGACUGCACUGACAUAUAGGACUGGAGCACAGACAUGGAUGAUCAGACCGCAACAAAGACGUAGAACGCUCAGGACGAUCCACUCAGCUCAUCCAGUUCCGGUGAAAAUGACAUGCGAGGUUACCUUGCAAGACAUAGAUAUCAAGCAAAAGCUGAGUUUACACCAAAAAACUAGUUUGUUUCCGCAUUCGAGAACCAGAGAAAUUCUGGCCAGAAUGAUACAAGGCGAGCCUGUAGAUGACCAAGUACAAAUCAGAUAUUUCCUGCCGAAAUUUCUCAAGAUUGAACAAGCAGGCAAAGUGCAACCUAUAGACUUACUGAUGCAUCGUGAACCAACAUCAUCAAAGGCAGAGAUAUAUCGGAACGUCAGUUUUCAAGCGAAGCUGCCUACCGAAGGACACUCUGGCAUAUGGUGGCAGGUGAGAGAAGACGCAGAUGAUGCUAACUACAUUGAGUUUCUUCAGAAAAUGCCUUAUGGAUCAAUUACAGAAGAUACCUUGGUCAUCUUUUCGUUCACCGAUAGGGUCGUGAAGGAUAUUUUCAAGACGAUCACGGGUGGCUCGAUUAUAACAUUCUACAGUGUGUUCCUUUUUGUCGUUCACGGCUGGUCCCGACAAAUUAUAUUUGAUAGAGUAGCGAUGGUGUGGUUGUAUGAAGUGCCACAAGCUGAUAUUUUAUAUUCGAUGUGCAAGGAGGUAUUUAUGUGCAGAGAAUACCACAUGUGGGAGUUGGAAGAGAUAGCUGUAGGCAGAGUCUUCUUUAUGAUACGAUCUGGUGAAACUACGCUUAAGUUUAGCCGCUUCCAUGGAAAUCCUUACAAUCCAAAUACCACCAAGACGCUUCCGUCCAUUACUAGGAGGACCUAAGCUAAAUUAAAUGUAUUGUUAUGCUUUUGUUAUGUUAUUAUCAUAUUGUGAGCAGAAGAGUUGUAUAAACAAAGCAAAUUAUUAUUUAAA